CACCUUAUCGAUUCUUUUAUUUUUUUUCUUAAAAUAAAAAAGCUAAGGGUUUUGCAUUACAAUUAAAAGGAAUUCGGUUCGCUUUGAGGGGAAAAAAUAGGAGGUUUGGUUCGAUCUUGAACUGGGGGUUGCUUUUUAAUUUACGGAGUUGUUAAGGUCUUGAAUUGAUCGCAGCUGUCUUAACAAGUUAUUGGUAUCGGAGAUGGAGGUAUUGGGAUCUCGAGAGGUCGGUGACCAUAGUGUCGAAAAGCGGCCGGAAUUUUGUGCCUGUGUGUGUGAAGAUGAUAAUGAAAACGAAACAUAUGCGGUUGAUUCAAGUGAUGAGGAUGAGCUACUUGAACACGGGCAUGAAAGCAAAUCUAUUCAAAAGGGACUAGGCAAGUGUGUGUCAUUGCCUUCCUUUGCAUCCGUCAUGCCUCCCGAAGAUGAUGAAGUCGGAACUGUGUUGCGGCGAAUAUUGUCCGCCAGUUCUUUGGAGUCAACACCCUACUCUUUCUCGGUCCCUUCGCCUACUCCCUCGAAGCUAGUGUCUGCCCUUAAAGGCAGCCGAGAGAAACGAGGUAAAACGUGGAAGAAACGGAGUGUGACAUGGGCUUCCGAUGUGUAUGAUCCUCCACCAACAUCGUUAUUGCACAUGAUUAGAAACAAGAAGCAACUUAAGGUGAAGAGGAGCAACAACGACAAAAGGAAAAUCACAAGGAAAGUGAUGAAAGCCAGCAAGUCCUCACAUCUUAGUUCCGGCGAUAAAGACGUCAAACAAGUCCGCAGAAACAACAACAGCAGCAGCAGCGGGAGUUCUUAUAGAUGGUACAAACAGCUGGUGGCUGAACUUUGUGAAAUAGAAUGUUGCUUUUGCCGGUUUGAUGAGGAGAGCAGCAGUAAUGUUCGCAUGUCGAUCGUCGGGUAGGAAUCCAUAUCCCGGAAAAGGGCAAGUAGUAUUACUUUCCUUCUUAAUAGCCGGAACUACGUUUCGGAAUCUAGCAUGCUGCAAUAGUAGACUUCAAGGAAUCUGCCAUGGCCUUUUUGUCUCCGAGU